AUGGCGAAUAGUUUAAUGGCGGACGUUCUGGAAAACUACAACAGGCCAGUCCACUUUGCGCAUUUAGAGAAUAAAGUGCCUUGUCCAAAUAAUUUAUGCAAGGGGAUCACAGCCUUUUAUAAAAAACACGGACUUCAACAUCAUUUUCGUAUCCGACAUCCAGAUGUUCAAUAUGUCGGGGAAAAGAUUGAACAUGAUGCAUCGAAUAUGAUGAAAAAGUUGCACGGUAAUGAAACAAGACUGAUGAUCGAAAAGAUCUUCGAAAUGAGACGUAAGCAGGUAUGCGUUUACAUAUUAGGCUCAUUUACAUAAUGAAUAAUUGAUCAUAUCAAUAUGUUAAUGUUUAAAUAUAUAUGCAAAACAAUUUUCGCUGAAUUCUGUAUUUAUGGAAUGUUUUUAAUAAUGUUUUGACUAUAAUAUUCAAAGGUAUCAAGCGAUGAAAGGAUAUUUUCUGUCUCUGUGGGUGAAGAUGAGUUGCAGCCGAACGAAGCUGCCAAAACUUUUGGAAUGUAUUUGUUCCACUCUGGUAUCCUGUCCCAUUACUCCAAGGGUAACAAACCUGUUACAAUAACAGUAUCAUCGUUCGGCUUGCUUGUAAAAUUCAGUACUUGGUAUAGCUCAAGAGAAUUUGCUGAUUUAAAUGGAAGUGGUACGGUCAUUGUAUUGCAGCCAUGCUUCAUAAAGAAGGUGAACUUGAUAAAUUGAAUGACAUUCCAUUUUACAUUGUAUAUAAAAUCUCCCUCCCCCCCAAAUAUACAUCCUUUUUUUUAAUAUGUACAUCCCUUGGUUUAGUUUCUGAAUUUAAAAGGAGGGGGUAUUUAAUUUUCACUUUUCUUAGGGGAUUGCAUGAAAUAAUUGAAAAUAAAUCCAAAAGUGGCCCCCAAAUUGUAAUUUAAAGGUCAUGUCAAGUCCGUAUAAUGUAAACAAAUCCUUUGUUUACAUUUUGAACUGCUAUAUUUGUAAAAUAAGACAUACUAACUAAAUAUCUAACACUUUUGUUUGUCGCUAUUUUUAAUGAAUAUAAACUAGAGUAUGUUUCAAUUCAAAAAGUUCAAAAGAUGCAAAAUUUGGGCAAUGUUUAUAUCUGUGGGCCCCCCUUUGGUACGGGCAGAACUGAUGUGCAGAACAGACUUGACAUGGUCUUUAAAUAAUGCCAAAAUCAAGGGCUGACCUUGUGAAAAGCUAAAAUCUGGGAAGAAAUGUUGGGGGAGGGGGUUUGAUGUAUAAUCUUCAAUGUAUAAUAUUCAAAAUUCUACAAAAUCCCACUCCAAAAAUCCUUGAAAUUGCAUUUCAGGGAGUGUAUAUUUCAACACUUUUUUGGUAUGCCCCUGUCCAAAAUGAGCAAACAACCCCCACAAAAAUAAUAUUGUGAUGAAAUUUUGUUCAUAUUGGAGAAAAAAUAAUCAGUGAAACUGGUGAUGUGGCCUUGGAUACUUUGAGAUCAGUGUUUGGAUAUAACCAGUUUAAAGGUAAACAGGAAGAAGUUGUCAAAACUAUUUUACAGAAAAAGGAUUGUGUGGUGUUGAUGCCAACAGGUGGAGGAAAAAUUGUUUGCUAUAUGCAGUCCCUGGCAUUGUUAUGUCCAGUGUUACCAUUGUAGUGACUCCCCUGAUUGCACUUAUUCUUGACCAAGUGCGAAGACUGCAAUCUGUCAAAAUAAGUGUGUGCUACUUAGUAUCAGAUAUGAGUGAGGACCAGUGGUCAAUUGUUUGCCAUGAACUCAGUUUGGCAUCUCCAUCUUACAAGUUUCUUUUUACAACACCAGAAACUUUACCAACUAUAAAGGUUCGAAAUUUAAUUCAAACAAUAAUGUCUGCCAGUUGUACACUUGCACAAUUUGUAGUGGAUGAAGCCCACUGUAUUGAUCAAUGGGGAUUCAAUUUUCGCCCCAGCUAUUCUAGUCUUGGAGCUUUGAGAGAUUAUGGUGUCCCAAUUGUAGCUUUGACUGGGACAGCUACUUGGAGGACAGUGGAAAUCAUUGUGAUGCAAUUGAGAAUGGAUAAUCCUGUUAUAAUUAAACAAUCAUUUGUUAGAACUUCUUUGACUUACAUUGUUGUUACAAAAAAUCAUCUGCUAAAGAGGAUAUUUGCAAAUUGA